ACAGUGGGAAGUAGUGCCGCGUUCAAAAGAACUAGGAACUCGGGAACAAAUACGAUGUUAAAUCAUGAAGUCAUUGAUCUUCAGGUCGGAAAAGUCGGAGUUGUAUAGGCCCGUUCAAAUCGUUUUUUUUCCAGUCGAGCUCGUUUUUUUUCUGAGUUCCCAGUUGUUUGAAACCCUCGGAAGUCGAAGAGUUCCGAGCUCACAGUUCUUUUGAACGCGGCAUAGACUCAUGUUUAUUAUCACCUUCCGGAUUCUUAGAAACUUCCCCUGUUACAGUCGCGCCAUCGCAUUGCAUGAUCAGACCAGAAGUUGGGGGCGUCUGUGGAUGUGGACGGACAGAAAUUGUCAUUUCUUCCAUUAUCUGAUCCUUGUCCUAAAACAGACUUAUCCGUUCAAUGGAGGAACCAUUAUUUUCUGCUUACGGGGAUUUCGUCGACUGGUCUGUCCAAACUGCUUGGGAACAGAAUGACGCCGAGGUGGACAGUGCGUUUGGAGACUGGAGUUCUGCCUGUAAUGGCAACAAGUCGGAUGCAGUUGAAAGAUCUUCAUCUCUGUCUUCACCCAUGGACAUCUCUAAACUCCCAACAAAGCUGGAGAAUGGCAAUGUGAAGAAAUCAUGUGUAGUUUUCCAGGAGUGCUUCCAGGUCUUGGGUGAAUCUAAGGAGACCAACUGUACUGUACGAUCUCUGUCCCAGCUGCUAGAAAACACACAGCCUUUUCAACCAACAGCUACAAUAUGUGACUGUGGCAGCUUGUGGAGCCAUCUGGUGGCUGAGCCCAGCAGGCUGAGGCUGUCAGAGCCAAAGCCCAGCUUACACUGCCACAGCCACAGCAGAAUGGUUUCUGCCCUCAGAAUCACACCCUCAAAUUGCAUCUCUGACCAGGUGAGAUGGUGUGAGUCUGUCUUUUUGGAAGAUCAUGAAGAAACUACAGAGACCUCUUGCCCCCCUGCUGCUGCUCUCAUCAAAACCAAGCUGCUGGCCCCCUCCUCCUGCCAUGGUGACACCCCAGCUUUCCUCUACCAAAUCUCCCAGCAGUGGCUGACUCAAUGCAGCAUCCAGCUGCAGCCUCAGCACCACAAGAAGCCUCCUGCACUGAACUAUGGAGAAGGAUAAGAUGAAGAUGCUGCUUAGCAUAGCCCUACUGUACUGUUGUAGAUGGAUGAAACGGGUUGGGUUGUUACCCGGGUGAGAACAAAGUAUACACUUUUCGCAACAUUUUAUUUAUACAGAUUGUAAAGAAAGUACAUUCUAUGAUAUUGUGUAUUUAGUUUGCAGGCGUUUUCCUGGUUUUAUAUAUAAUAUUUUGAUACGGAGUGCAGUUACAGGGAUAUUAUAAAAUGUUCUAUAAAUGUAUUGAGUUAUUUAUUCAGUGUAACACCUGUUUUAUACCACUAUUGUCAAGAGCAGAGGGAACAAUGCAAAUCUUUGGAAGUCACAGCACUCCACUAGAGGGCAUAUUGGCUUCCUCAUAAGUCCCAACCCCCAUUUUGCAAACACAGUGCAUUCAGAAAGUAUUCAGACCCCUUGACUUUUUCCACAUCUUGUUACGUUACAGCCUUAUUCUAGAAUUGAUUACACGUUUUUUUCCUCAUCAAUCUACACACACUACCCCAUAAUGACAAAGCAGAAACAGGUUUUUAGAAUUGUUGGCAAAGGUAUUAAAAACAGAAAUACCUUAUUUACUUAAGUAUUCAAAUCAAACUUUAUUUGUCACAUGUGCCGAAUCCAACAUGUGUAAACCUUCAGACCAUGCACCUCAACAAUGAACACCUCAAGAAACAAGCUUUGUCCAUAUAUUUUGUUUUGUAGAAUACCCAACUCCACGUCUCACUGUAGAAACCUGGCUUGCGAUCUAGGGCAGUGCAUGGACCCAGAAAAAAAGUAAUUGGGUGUGUCUUCCCACUGUGGAUACAUUUUUAUGGAAAUUUGGAUUGCUUGUGCUUUAACUAUGGCAUCACAUUAUUGGUGUCCUCCACUUCUUAAUAUUUCCUUAGUUUGGUCCUCUGUUUUUCUUAACCUGCCUUAAUACUCUAAACCAUAGACAUGUGUCAUGUCAUUGGCCAUUUUGUAAGUAAGACUGCAGGGCAUCAUGGAGCUAAUCAGCACAAACCAGUAUAACAGAGAGGUUAUUACAUGUGUACAACUGCAUCUCAGACAGUUCUCUUACAUUUCAACCACCAGGAUUUGCUUUUCCAGACAGAGAAAACAAGAGGUUAGUGAAGGUGCACACUCCUCCCAAAUGUCACUUGUUUGGCUGGCGGGUUGAGUCUGUGAAUAGAAUUGAAAUAGAGAAAACCGUCACCUUUUUACAAGUAGACCCCUCCUACAUGACAAGUGAUGUAGGCCCUACACUCCCCUCUCUCUCUCUCUCUCUCUCUCUACUAUCUCCUCUCAGCUAGUGCACUAGCGGGAUGUCAGAGUGAAUUUAGAUGACAUCUCGUUGCAGUGCAGUUGCGGAAAAAAGGCAAAGGGAUGGAAGGAUGGAGGAAGGAAGGAUGAUCUUGGGUUGUAUUGUGCCUUAUAUGUCACACACACAGAGGAAGGCAUUGGUGCAUUGGACCAUCUUUUUUUUGGGGUGGGAUGGUCAAAAUAAAUUAAUAAUAAUACAAAUAAUUGACUUUUUUAAGGGAGAUGGCAGAUGGCCCUUGGGCCUGUUAAGAUGAUGAUUUUUGUGCAAUUUCUCUAUUGUCAUAUUAAUAUAUUUGAGCAUUUGCCUGAUCAGUGGACAACGUCCAGUCCCCCCUACCAAGAUAGGCCUGCCCGGUUUUCUGAUUGGCUGAUGUGGCGCAAAAUUCACGUUCAAAGUCAAACGCACAUCAGCAAAGAGACCUUGCUCUGACUCUCUUGUCAUUAGUCAGCCCAGAUCACGGCUCGUAAAAAAAA